GGUAUAGCAUAUUAACCAGAGUAUGGAAGUAUGCAUGGGCAGUAUUCUUUCCUCCGAGUAUCAAUUCCAUGGCAAGUUCGCAUGCAUUUAUACCCCCCGAGCCAUACUUUAGACGAACAAUCUGCUGUCUUGUUUAUUUCCUGAUUGUGGUGAAGUGGUGUCACAAUGGAAGGUGCGAUGGGACGAAUCUCAAUUUGUAUGGAUAUGGAAGGAACGACCAGGUGAAUUGCACUUCCCUUGCACAGGUUGAAGGUGUUCUCACGUUUAGGAAGGUGCGAUGGAUGUGUUGGCUCCCCGGGAAGGAGCGAUAGGUCCGUUGUGCCUGCCACAGCUGCAGAAUCUUAAGUACCUGUUAGGCUGGACACGCCUAUAACGGCGUUUAGUAUAGUAAGGUCAGAGCUUGUCUUAACCCAGAAAUUCUGUAUUUGAGUUAUCAAAAUACUCACCUAGAAAGCGUUUUACAC